CUCCCGCAGCAUGGCCGGCGUGAGCUUCAGCGGCCACCGCCUGGCGCUGCUGGCGGCGUACGAGGAGGUGAUCCGCGAGGAGAGCGCGGCCGACUGGGCUCUGUACACUUAUGAGGAUGGCUCAGAUGACCUCAAGCUUGCAGCGUCAGGAGAUGGGGGCUUGCAGGAACUCUCCGGUCACUUUGAGAACCAGAAGGUGAUGUACGGCUUCUGUAGCGUCAAGGACUCCCCAGCAGCUCUGCCCAAAUACGUGCUCAUCAAUUGGGUUGGGGAAGAUGUGCCCGAUGCUCGCAAAUGCCAGUGUGCCAGCCACGUGGCCAAGAUUGCCGAAUUCUUCCAGGGCGUCGACGUGAUCGUGAAUGCCAGUAGUGUGGAAGACAUCGAUGCAGGUGCCAUCGGGCAGCGGCUCUCCAAUGGGCUGGCGCAGCUCUCCAGCCCCGUGCUCCAUCGGCUUCGGCUGCGUGAGGAUGAGAACGCAGAGCCAGUGGGAACCACCUACCAGAAGACCGAUGCAGCGGUGGAAAUGAAACGGAUCAACCGAGAGCAAUUCUGGGAACAAGCCAAGAAGGAGGAAGAGCUGCGGAAGGAGGAGGAGAGGAAGAAGGCCCUGGACGAGAGGCUCCGAUUUGAGCAGGAGCGGAUGGAGCAGGAGCGGCAGGAGCAGGAGGAGCGGGAGCGGCGCUACCGAGAGCGAGAACAGCAGAUCGAGGAGCACAGGAGAAAACAGCAGACUUUGGAAGCUGAGGAGGCCAAGCGGCGGCUGAAGGAACAAUCUAUCUUCGGGGAUCAACGGGACGAAGAAGAAGAAACCCAGAUGAAGAAGUCAGAAUCGGAGGUUGAAGAGGCAGCGGCCAUUAUUGCCCAGCGACCUGACAACCCGCGGGAAUUCUUCAAGCAGCAGGAGCGAGUGGCCUCGGCCUCCUCCGGCAGCUGUGAUGCGCCCUCGCCCUUCAACCACCGGCCAGGUCGUCCGUACUGCCCUUUCAUUAAGGCAUCGGACAGUGCGCCUUCCUCCUCCUCCUCUUCCUCCUCCUCCCCUCCACGGACCCCCUUUCCCUAUAUCACCUGUCACCGCACCCCAAACCUCUCUUCCUCCCUCCCAUGUAGCCAUCUGGAUAGUCACCGCAGGAUGACGCCUACCUCCAUCCCUGCCCGGAGCCCCACACACUCCAGCACAGCCUCCACGCCCAUCUCAGAGCAGAUCGAACGGGCCCUGGACGAGGUCACAUCUUUGCAGCCCCCGCCGCCACCUGUGCCAUCUGCGCCUGUCCAGGAAAUCCAGGAGCCCAGCCCUGGCUUGGCUAGUGAAGAGGCUACCGAGGAACCCAAAGCAUCAGCUCCCCAGGCCUGGGUUGGCCUGGUAGAGGACCCGCCCCAGCCACCGGGCAGUUCCACCGAGGACUUGAUGUUUGUGGCACCUCCCGAACCAGCAGCUGCCCUGGACACCCCUCUGGAGCUGGCCAUGGUCAGCACCCCUGCUGACGAUGCCAUCGAAGCUGACACUGCCAUUGCUGACACCAGUUUCACCAAGCCUGAAGUCCUAGCCACCGCCAACCUCGUUGACCUCUGGCCCAACAAUGGGGCUAAGGCCUCUGAACCCCAGGCUGAGCCGAUAAGGGCCCCCACACCUCCCUCUGAUGCUGAGGUCGCCCUGGCUGAGGUGCCCCUGCUGGAUGAAGUGGCUCCUGCGCCACUGGCACCAGCAGGUGACGGCUGUGCCAACCUUCUCAAUUUUGAUGAGCUGCCUGAGCCACCGGCCACCUUCUGUGACCCCGAGGAAGAUGUAGAAGGGGACCCCCUCAGUGCCCCUCAGGUGCCAACGGUGCCCUCCGCUCUAGAGGAAUUGGAUCAGGACCCAGAACUGGAGACAGAACCCCAUCUGCUUACCAACGGCGAGACCCCCCAAAAGGAGGGGACCCAGGCCAGUGAAGGCUACUUCAGCCAAUCCCAGGAGGAGGAGUUUGCCCAAUCGGAGGAGCUCUGUGCGAAGGCUCCGCCCCCUGUGUUUUAUACCAAGCCCCCAGAAAUCGACAUCACGUGCUGGGAUGCAGACCCCGUACCCGAAGAAGAGGAGGGCUUCGAGAGAGGCGAUUAGCGGCCUCUGGAUCGUGCUCAGGCCGCCUUCUCCGAGGGCGCCAACCUCCGCCUGCCUCUGGCCAGCUGGCCCGGCCGUGCCUGCGCUAGCAGCUGCCCUGCCUGGCCCCCCACUCCGGAUUCCGGCCCUGGCUGGGUACUCGGCCGCUUCCUCCCCACAGGGCCCGAUUUUUACAGCUUUUCUCUCUCUCUCUCUC